AUGGGUGUUAAAGGUGGUUGGGAUUUAUUAAAUCCAGCAGACUCUAUGUCGUUAGUGUCGAUGCCAGCGGAUGGAUGUUUGCUGCGAAGUACCAUUAUGGACAAACGAAGAGUCCAGCGCAAGCAGUCAUUGUUCAAGUGUUUGGGAUGCCUUUUUCACCUUCCAGUGUCGCCCAUAUUUGUUUUCGACGGUCCAAAGCGUCCUCUGAAUAAGCGUAAAAAGAAUAUAACCAAGACAAGCGACUGGUUAACUGCGGACUUCAAGCGACUGCUCGAAGGAUUCGGGUUCCCCUAUUGGGAUGCUCCUGGCGAAGCUGAGGCUGAGCUAGCACUGCUCUCAAACAAUGACCGGAUCGAUGUCGUGAUGUCGGAAGACUUCGAUACAAUGGUAUUUGGUGCUCAACGAGUGAUUACUGAUGAAAGCGACUCCAAGUACAUGAUUAAAGUAUAUGAAAAGGGGGCACAGUUUUCUCCAAAUGAGCUCAUAAUGAUUGCAUUACUUGCAGGAGGAGAUUAUGAUGAUGGGAUUCAAGGGUGUGGAAUCCAGACUGCUGUUGACAUCACCCUAACCGGCAUCGGUGAACGACUCUUUGAGGCCCUCAAAGCAUCUACAGUUGAAAAUUACCCCGCUAUUGCUUCCAUGUGGUGCCAGGACCUCUAUGCAAUGUUGGACUCCCAAGGAGCUGGCCGUCUUCAUUCCCGACGUCGUGCACUGGCUUCGCGCAUCCCUCUGGAUUUUCCAAAAGUUUCAGUCCUGAUCCAAUAUAUUCAACCAUUGACAUCACAGUCAACUGGCUCGUUCACUCUACCUGCUGCUCCAGUACCAUGCCCACCCGACAUUCCCAAACUUGCACGGCUAUGCGAGGAAUUAUUCAUCUGGGGACAUUCGAUGGGUAUUGUCCAGAAUUUUUGCGAUCAUGUUUUUCCAGGACUGGCAAUCCGUGAGCUGCUUCAGGACUUGCAUAAGCGACGAGGUUUUGUUCCAUCCGCUGCAAAUCAACGUGAACGAUCAGACUCCGAGAUUUUCGUCUCCCUUGUCAUUCCCCAUGCAGUUAUCACUCAGAUCACUUCAUCAAUUGAUGGGGUAUACGACACUGAUAUCACCCAGAACUCCCUUGAGCAGUGGCUAGAGAAACGCGAAGCUCGCGUAUGGCUUUCCCGUGUACUAGCGCUCCAUGCACGGCCAAACAUCUUAGAUGAUGUGGAGCAUCCAACAUCCAACGCUGCGAAGAAACGGCCGACAUUGCCACCACAGCAGUCUAAACGGGUGGAUACUAAAGUCAGAGAAGAGAGCGAACACCGGCGAGAAACUCCCGCAGGGCAACGAGCUCGCUCUGUUGAGGUUAUCAAUAUCUCUAGCGAUGAGGAUGAGAGGGCGACAGAAAUGUCAGUGAAAAAACGCCACCGUCGAGCAGCGUCCCCGACGUAUCACAUCCAGAUUCACUAUCUGGAAUCUGGGGAGAUCUUAGAGCUUUGUACAGGAUGA